AUGUCUUCCCCCAACCCUGAGGAUAUCCUCCAGGAGCCUGACCACGAGCCCUCAAGCUCCGAAAAGAAAAAGAAGAAAAGAAAAUGGCUACAGCAAGAGGCCAGCAUUCGAGCCCUCACCAUGGCUGGCCAUGGGGCCCUACAGGCUGGCCAGAACCACGAGGCCUUGACCAGCUUCCAGAGGGCCUUCCUCCUGGCCUCUGAGGCCCCAAGAACCAGGGAUACCCCUGUGUUCCGAGCCUGUGCCUUCAACCUGGGGGCUGCCUAUGUGGAGACUGGGGACCCAGCCAAAGGCCUUGAGCUCCUCCUGCGAGCCCAACCUGAAGAGAAGGCACAGGGCAGGUGUCAUGGUGACCAGUGUUUCAAUGUGGCUUUGGCCUAUCAUGCCCUCGGUGACCUGCCUCAAGCUUUGGCCUGGUACCACAGGGCUUUGGGCCACUACCAGCCCCGGGGUGACCAGGGGGAAGCCCAGGCAAAAAUGGGAGCCUGCUACCAGGCUCUGGGACAACCUGAACUAGCAACCCACUACCUACAGGAAGCAAGCCGGGCCUACGUCCAAGCAGGGAGGCCCCAGGCCGCAGCCCUGGCACUGGGGGCUGCGGCAGGGUGUAUGCUGAAGAGUGGGCAGCAUGGGGUGAGUGAUGUAGUGCAGGUGCUAGAAGAGAGCCGGAGGCUUGCUGAGAGGAGCACUGAGCGGAGACCACUGGGGCAACUCUAUAACGACCUAGGCCUGGGCUACUCCCAGCUUCAGCUAUUCCCGCUGGCAGUGGAGGCCUUCCUUCAGGCUCUGCCCCUGUGCCAGGGGCCAGGAGAGCAGGCCACAGUGCUAAGAAACCUUGGUAUGGCCCACAAUGCCCUCGGCAACUAUCAGGAAGCCCAAGAGUUUCACCAGAAGGCAGCUGACCUACAUGGCUCUGUGGGGCAGCGGUGGGAGCAGGGCCGGAGCUUUGGCAGCCUGGCAUUUGCACUGAGCCAGCUGGGGGACCACAAGGCCGCCAGAGACAAUUACCUGCAUGCCCUGCAGGCUGCCCGGGACACAGGGGACAUGAAAGGGCAGUGGCAGGCCUGCGAGGGUCUGGGGGCUGCUGCAGUCAGACUGGGGCAGUAUGACCAGGCCUUGAAGUACUAUAAGGAAGCACUGGCCCAGUGUCAGAAGGAGCCAGAUUCUGUGCGAGAACGGCUGGUGGCCAAGUUGGCAGAUGCCAUGAGAACCCACUUGGUCCAGGUGGGGCUGGUCCAGACUCACACCCCGACUCGGGCUCCUGGAAAGCCCCAGGCUCUAGGUGGGGCUGCUGCAGGGACCCCAGCCAGGGUGGGGAGCAGCACAACAAAUGUCCCACACAGAUCAUCGGGUGGGUGGGAAGAUGAAGAGUUUGAGGAGGGCCACGAGGAGGAAAAAAAGGAGGAGUCGGCGAAUAUUCCCAAGACAUCUGGGCCCGGAAGACUGGAGCCAUGUCUCCUUUCAGGCACAGUGAAUCAUUCCCAACAUCUAGCUUCUCAUCAGCUCAUGUUUACCAAGCACCUGCCCUGUAGAGGGACAGUCCUUGGUGCACCUUCUGUGUACAGUCCAGGACCCAGAACUCAUCUUCCAUUUGGAGGUCCAGGCCUUCCCAGAGUGGAGUGCUCUGGCAUCCUGGUACCCAGUGGCCCCCAAGCCAAUAGGUUGUCCAAAUCGCCCAGGGAAACGCUCAGCAGGAACCCUCAGAGGAGACCCACCAAGUCUGGCUUCUGCACAAUCACGUGA